AUGAAGUUCCUCGCUCCCCUCCUCAUGCUCGCUGCCUCCGCCAUCGCCGCGCCCGUUGCCAGCUCCACCAAGAACUUCCACCUCAAGUCCAGCGGUGCCUCAAACCCAGACCACAACGACCUCUACGUCUACGCCUACCACACGGGCGCAGGCCUCAACGACGCCGUCCUCACCAAGGACGUCGAAACCGCCAGCCCCGUCUACCUCAACGGCACCAACGCCCUCUUCGACCUGAAGUCCGACUUCCCAUGGGGAGUCGUUGCCACCGGCAACACCAAUUACGGCUCCUGGGAACCCAUCUUGAUCAACGCAGGCCAAGGCAGCUCCGGAUUCUCCGUCAAGGGCAAUAACUUCCAGUGGUCGGAAGCCAGCGGCUUCGGUGGAUGGCUCGUCUGCGACUGGUACCACAAUGCCCCUCAGCUCUUCUACUUGAACCGCUACUAUACCCCCACUAUUCCCUCCAGCUGCAGCAAGGUCCAGCUGAAGGCCGAAUACAUCAAAUAG